CCAUGGAGCUGACCACCAUCCUCGCUCUUUCUAUCGUCCUCUUCCUCACUGUCUAUAUUCUUCUAUCAUGGUCCAGACUGAACAGAUACAAGUCACUGCCUCCCGGACCUACUCCAGUUCCUCUGCUAGGGACUCCCCAGUACAUGGACUUUAGAGACCCCAAGAUCUAUCUAAAGCUCAGCCAGGAGUACGGCUCAGUAUUCACCAUCUGGAAAAUGUCAGAACCUGUGAUCGUUCUGUGUGGAUUUGAGACAGUGAAAGACGCCCUGAUAAACCAUGCCGAACAGUUCAGUGGGCGACCGAUAAUCCCAGUAAUGGAAGUCUCCACCAAAGGAUAUGAUAUUAAUGGACCGCGAUGGCGCUCCCUUCGCCGAUUCGCUAUGGCAUAUCUUAGGAAAUGGGGAGCGGGGAAGAGGACCUUGGAGAUGAGAGUAUUGGUAGAAACCAAGUAUCUCCUGCAGGCUGUAUCAGAAACUGGAGGGAAACCCUUCAACCUGAGCAUGCUCCUGUCCUGCGCUGUGGGAAACAUCAUCAGUUCCUUGCUGUUUGGGGAGAAGUUUGAUUACCAGGAUGAGAAGCUGCGGGAACUUGUCUCGUGUACAGCCAGAUAUAUUAAAGCGGUCAAAUCUCCACUCAGCACGCUCUGCAAUAUUGUCCCAGUUCUUCUGAAGAUCCCAUAUAUCAGAAAUAAAGCUAUUGAAGACACUACAUACAUCCAGAGGUUUGUGACAAAAUAUAUGGAGCAUCACAAAGGGACCUUUAAUCCGGUGUCACCAAAGGAUUACAUAGACCAUUACCUAAGGAAGAUAAAGGAGGUGGAACAUGAGGUGGAUGCAGAUUUCUGUGACUUCAGUCUACUCGGGACCCUGGUAGGACUUUUAGCAGCGGGAAUUGACACCACAUCUUCCACCCUAAAAUUCAUGCUAAUGCUAAUAGCCCAUUAUCCAGAUGUGCAAGCUAAAGUUCAGCAGGAGAUAGACGAGGUCACCAAGUCCUUGCGUCCUCCAGAGCUCAUGGACAAACCCCAGAUGCCUUAUACAAAUGCUGUUAUCCAUGAAGUACAGAGAGUUCUUGACUUGGCUCCAACUGCACUUUUCCAUGCCACCACUGAAGACGUCAAGUUCAGGGGUUACAGCAUCCCAAAGGGAACAACUGUGAUCCCAUUCCUCACAUCUGUCCUGACAGACCCAUCUCAGUGGGAGACUCCAGAAGAGUUCAACCCCAGGCAUUUCUUGAAUGAGGAGGGCCAGUUCCGCACAAAGUUGGCGUUCAUGGCUUUCUCAGUAGGGAAGCGAGCUUGUCUUGGAGAGAACCUGGCCAGCAUGAAUCUCUUCCUGUUCUUCUCCUCCCUGCUCCAGAAAUUUACCUUCACCCUCCCCCUGGGGACACAAUGUCAGGAUGCUAAACUUCUGAACCUAAACAAGAAUAACAUCAUUAAAUCAAGCAAGAUAUGUGCCGAACCUCGCUCCUUGUCCGCCCGCUGUCCAGCCGCACACCAAGAAAGACAAUGAGAAGAAAUAUUCCAGAACAUGUGACCAAAAAGAUAUAAAAUAAAAAGUGUCACAAUGUUUACAAUCUGAGUAAUAAUCUGGGUGCAAUAUUAGCUUUCCCUUUG